AUGCCGCCACAGCAACAUCCGGUGAGCCAUUCCCAGGACCAGCUGCACCAACACCCACCAGCACACAGACACCGGGGUAGCCACCCCAGGCCGAGGGUGCCUGCAGCAGGGAGCAGCUCCACCACAGGCAGCCAUCAUGACCUCCAAACACCCCAUGUUCAUAAUCCGUCGCCGUACACUGGUGAAAGCCUCAAAGCGUAUAAGAGUAUCGAGGCAUAUCGGUACUUUGUCGCAGGCUGGGUCCUUGACCCGAAAAUCUGGCACCUUAACAAGAAGAAGAUGUUCCUCGUGAAAGCAAAGGUGAACCACUCUCAGGCUGUCAACUUGACCCCCACACAGCCAUGGAUCGUGGUCCACGACGAUGGAACAAUUUUAGCGGCCCACUGCACCUGCAAAGCAGGACUGGGCGAAGCAUGCUCGCAUGCAGCUGCCCUCAUGUAUGCUGUAUUGGCAGCAGUAAAUCUAAAAGAUGGACUGUCCAGUACAGAGAUGCCCUGUGCCUGGGUUCUUCCAAGCAAAACCGGCAAGGUGCAGUAUGAGGAAAUCUGCAAUGUAUCAUUCAUGCAGAAGACUGCAACAGGCCCACCUCUACCCAGCAUUCCUGUCCCUACAGAAGAGGAGUAUAUGGAGUUCUUCCAAAAGCUUUAUGAAUGUGAUGUUCAGGAAGAAAGUACAAAAGGAACUGCUAUCUUGUCUGUGAUCGAGGGCCACUCUCACAGAUACAAACCAAAGACCCUUCACCUGAAUUUGCCAGAACCACUUUCUAAUUUAUAUUCAAAGGCAAACUUGCAUGCUGAUUUCUUGUCCUUACUAGUACAGAGUGAAAGCAUCUUUGACAAUCUGCAGAUAACAGAGCAAGAGAUGGGGAAAUGUGAGUGAGCCAACAGCAAGAACACAGUACACAGCAUUGCAAGAUCAUCACCACACCGAUUUUCAAGUAGAGACAACAGGCCUGAUCAUCAGCACAUCACUGCCAUGGAUCGGUGCCUCGCCGGAUGGAAUUGUGACCUG